CACCGGAAUCAGACGGUGUGUGUGACUGGGAAAGAAAACUGCGAGGAAAGGGGAAAAGGCGUUCCCGUUCUCAGACCGGCGAUCCUGUGCACAGACUGAGCGGACGUUCAGAACCGCACAACACAGGACGACACGCCUGCCUGUAAAAUGAUAAUAAUAAUAAUAACCUUUAUAUAAAACAGUCAGAACUGUAUCAAGUGAAACGUAGCAAAUACAUUUUAUGAACCCAAUAGCCCAGCGAAUCGGACGGGGUUACCCGCAUACUGAGCCCUUUUGACACCAAUAUACAAGGAAAAGACAUUGACUGGACAGACGGCAGAGAGACAGACGGGGACACUUUCGAUCUCUUUUUUGUCCAGAGCAUCUCUCAGCGAUCGGCUGAUUCUAUCACUCCCAAAGCCAUGUCAGAAUACGGUGACCUUCUCAGCGACUUAUCAGAUAACAUCACCAAAGAGGAUCUGGACCAGCUCAAGUCUGCCUGCAAGGAGGACAUCCCUGAAGAUCAGAGUAACGCCAUCACUUCCUCAUCGGAGUGGUUCAGCUACCUGGAAAAAAAUGACAAGCUUGCACAAGACAACCUGUCAUACAUUGAGCACAUCUUUGAGAUCUCCCGGCGUCCCGACCUGCUGACACGUGUAAUUGAAUACCGAACCACUGUGCUCAAGAUCACAGAGGACGAUGACAUUGACACCAAGCUCACACGCAUCCCCUCUGCCAAAAAGUACAAAGAUGUCAUUCGCCAGCCCUCGGAGGAUGAGAUCAUCAAGCUGGCCCCUCCCCCUAAGAAAGCCUGAAGUCAAAGAUCCUGAUUGCUGCAUUGCUCCCCUUCAUCAUAACCCAGCCCCAUCUCUCCUCCGUGCCCCUUCCACUCUCGACUAUUGCACAUCACAGUGGCACUAACAGCUGCCUAUCAGCCAGCCAAUCAGAUUUCAACUAUCACCAACUAUCAUGGACUUAAGAGAAGACUGGAAGGACAGAAGAAGCUAAUAGAGGGAAAGCACUUCCAUUCUACAGCUGAGUGGGUCACCCCUGUGCCUGUAUACUUUGCUAUUGCACACUAACACCCCCAGUACAAUGCGUGUUUGUCUCUGAACCCAGGAUACAUUGCCCAAAUAUUUAUACUGCAGAUUGCUGAAAAGUAAAAGUAAGUGUGACGCAGUGACAUCAUAUAUGCUAUGUCGAAGUGUGACGCAGUGACGUCAUAUAUGCUAUGUCGAAGUGUGACGCAGUGACGUCAUAUAUGCCAUGUCGACUUUCCCUAACAGGCAACACCAGCUGUGAGUUUGAGUGCUUUUGCUUGGCACAAGCUGAAUCACUAAAGUUGUUAUGCUGUAUUUUCAUGUGCUAGACAGUUUAUUCCUGGUGACAGAAUACCUUGGAUAUUGUGGAAAUUUGUUCAAAAACACAGUCACCACAGAACAAAAAUCCACUUGACAGAAUUCCAUUUGUGUCACUGUUAUUUGAAGACCAAUGUUUGCCUUGUGGACGAUUAAUAUCUUGAAUGAUAAAAAUAUAUUUUUAGGAGGUCUGUUGUUUUUAUUUGAAUAACUUUCUGGCUUAAAUAUUAAAUUUUGAACAUGUUUUACUUUGAAUAUCAGCAGUUAUGAGAAAUAAAUCUAUUAACCCACAUAAAUGUAAAAUUCACAAGGAUUUACAAGUCAGCCAUUUUAAUCUUUGAAGUGCUCUGUAACCACCAGGUAACUGGCGAAAUAGAAAACAAGUUUGUUUUUUCUUUCAUCAACUAUGUUUUGCAUUGCCUGCCCAGUGUGAUCAAGAUUAAGAACUGUUAAUGUACCUGAUUGAAAUUAAGGUAUAUCAAAGUACAGAUAUUCUUUUAAAUAGUUAUUAUAUUUUACUAUUGUGUAUUAAAUAUGUAGUUAUGAUUUUGAGAGGUAAUGAAACAAAAAGGAUGCAUUAACUUAUUUAUUUUUUUCAUCAUAAUAGAGAACAAAUUCAUAUUAAAAGCAGGUUUAAGCCUUUCUAGUGCACAGUCCAGAACAGGAUACAGGAAGCUUAUUUCUCUUUUUGGUUGAGAACAAAGAGGACUGGGUUUGAGAGAAAGCACUUUGUAAGGGAUGAAAGUAAGGAGACGUAUGCCGACUCAGACAGAAAUAAAGAAACACUGAAAUACUGCGUAUAAAGAUACAUUGGAUAAAACUACAUUGAUUACUGUGGUAUAUCUGUUAGAGAUAAAACCAUGCAGUAGCGGAUUUGAACUAGGAGGUACACGUUUGAACAGUCCUGCCAUUGUAAACAAAUAUGUACCCAGACUGUUGACUAAACUCACACAAUACAAUCACUGUGUCUGCAGUAAUCAACAAAGCCUUAACAGAACUCAGAUGCUACAACAAAUGUGUGAAAAUUGUAAAUAUGCAUGUAGCCUGGGCCCAAAAAUAUCGCCCUGGUGCUGAAAAUCAAGAAACUGACAACUGUUUGAAAUUUUUCCCCUUUAAAGUCCAGUUGUUUGUUUUCAGCACUAGAGUGGAAAACGUCAGAAUCAAAACAGUCUAUGCAUUCCGUUGUGGGCUAACAGCAGGAUGAGUACCCAUGUGUUCGUUCUCCGGCUUCUUUGUUUCUAUUGCUGCUGUAGCAUUUUGAAAAUUUAGAGAGCUGGACAUCCGUUGAUGACAUCACCCUACUUUCCCUGUAAAGAACGGAUGGGUGUUCUCCUUUCAUUCUCAUGUUUCUGCAGGCUAAAUGGACAUUUAACGUUUGCACUGUCAAAGUACUCUGUGCUGGUUGAAUUGUAAUUGUAAACCCCGCCUAAAAUCAGUCCUGGAGGUUCCCGCUGUCUCAGGCCAGCCAAGUAAGUGACUACAAUGGUUGCUCUUUCCUGGUGGAGAUCUUAAACCUUACAGUCCACUCUCAAGUGAAAUUGUCACUAUGGAGAUAUCUGUGACAUAAUUAAAAUUUGUCAUUUUUUUCAUGGCUAUUUUAUUAAAGUUGAUUUGAGAAAAUAAAUCAUUUUAAAGGCCAAUUCAAAGAUGCAGUGGGCUUUAGACAGUUGUUUUUGAGGGGCUUACAUGCUUAAAAAUGUAAAUUGCAUUGUUGUGUGUACUCAUUCAAAAACGAACCUAGAGAUAAGUGUUUUAUCAGCAUUGUGUGACACUUUUAAGACUUAGCAGAUGAAACAUACGCAGAAACACUCAUAAAUCUGUCAUUACUAGCCAAGGCUAAAAUUUAAAAUGUUUGUGGAACAGUUUUAAUGCUUAGAUAAUUAAUAUAUUAUGAGAUGGUCAACUCAGAAUAGCAUCAGUUAUUAAUUUAAAUAUGCAUCACAUUGUUAAUUUGUAUCAUUUAAAAUCAUUUUAAGCUUAUUGCAAUAGGGGAUUAUGAGUCAUGCAGUUGUUUUUAUUAAAAUAAAUUUGAAGAAUUCUAUGAUAUACUUAUGACCAUUUUUAAAAAUUUUAUUUAGUUGUACAUACUGUAUUAUUAUUCUAUGUUUAUUGAUUAAUUUAUUUAAUUCAGGUAUGUUAAAAUGCUGUACUUUUUAAAGGGUUAAAAUGUUUACCAACUGCAUAUACGGGCACAAAAAUAUGUGGGAACUUAUGUCAAAAGAAAACUGUAAGAAUUAGUAACAAUGGUCAGAAAAUGCUAAGGUGAAACUGCAGUCAUGUAGCUCUUUUUACCUUUAUGAGAAGUGUUUUCUGGAAAGUGGCUUUCAAGAUUUGUUGCAAUAUUUGUAGUUGGAUCUGUUCUUGAUCUGUCUGGAAAUGCCCUGACUUUGUAAUACUGUUGCUUUUAAUUUGUGACUGUGACUUUUGAAAAUGAAAGCAUUUCUGUACUGUUAUGAAAAACAACGCAACAAACUUUAAUCUUAACAGAGAAAGUGUCCAAAUGGCCAAGUAUGUUGUAAACAGAGGUAUAAAGUAGGGUUAAAGGAAGUAUUUAGAUUUUGAAAUUAAUGAGUCAGAGGGGGAUUUGUACCACAGGGUUAAGCCACAGGGAAUCAGUCCAUUAUGUGCAUAUGUGUCUGUAUGGAUGCAUGUCUGUGGCUGCAUGGACUAUAUUGGUGGAAAUGGUGUCCUCGUGGACAGAAUUAAUAGUUUUAAAAAUUCUUAAUAAUAGCUUGGUUAAAUAGCUGGUGCUACAUUACAGCUUGGAUACAGUGAAUAAAUGGCAUCUUCAACAUCCUCAACCUGCAGUCGAUGUACCAGCCACACUUAAGGGUAUGCCAUUAGAUUAGAUACAACGCUAAAUAAGAACAUCCUGGAAUAGACCUGGCAACCUACCAUACAAUGGGUUUGGGAAAAAGUCCAGCAACUGAUGGUCUUUGAGUUGAAAGUCUGAACUGAAGGAACGGAAAAUGUGAAACGCGUUUACAUGAUGCACUAAAGCAAGCUUUCAUGCUAUAGAAAAGUGCCAAGUUGCUUUAUUUGUAAAACUGUUGAUUUCACUUGAAUGAGUAGCGCUCAUUAGGUCUGUAGAUGUUUAAGAAGCAAAAAUGAUAAGAAUAAUUUGCAAUGCUGUACAACAAUAAUGUUUUAAGCCACUGUCUGUGAUUCAGUUUCAUUUUGCUGUGGAGGGUAGUGAAGGUAGUCAUGCUUUGGAGUGCAAACACCUGCACGUGGUGAUUUGCGGCCCAUAACAAGAAACUAAUAGGAAUCCAUGCCGCAGUUUUGUCUUUAACAGCAUAAUAGCUACAUAUAAUUAAAAUAUCAGGCAUUUACCCUGUAAAUUUUAUUGUACUGUAUUUAUGAUGGUUUAUGUUUGACAUAACCAUAAAAUCUUCAAAGAAUAUGGACUGUGGGUCCAGCACAAUGGUGGGUAUUUUCAUUAAUGUGUCCAUCAAUCAAUGAUUUGUGAAGGAGGUUGCCUUAAUCACAGAGCCUGUCCGCCUGAUUACAGCCUGAUUACAACCUGAUUAAAUUGUUCAAUUCACCAUACAUGAAGUGAGACAACACUUGCUGUUGUAGAGCGUCCCACAUUAAGCAAUUUCAUGUUUUAAUUAUAUGCCUUACCUCUUCAACUACUUAAUGCAGAUUAGGCUCACCUUGUUUCUCCAUUGGUUGUUAUGUUUCCUCUUUGUCUUAAUUGUUUGUUUUGUGUUCUUUUUUUGAAGUUACAGAAAAAAUAUGAAAACAUCAAAAAUAUUUUCAUUUUUAAUAGUUAAAGGUCUGGCUUGACAAAGGAUUAUAUCAUACUAGGCUAAAGAAGGCAUUUUAUUUGUCGAGCUACAAUGAAUAUAAAUAUUAUAUAUAUGUAUUAAAAUAUAUUUGCUAACCUA